AUGGUCAAAGCUGGUAUUGUCCCUCUUCUUGUGCAUCAUAUUUUGCAGGAUGGGCAGAAUCCUUCCAACGGCAGUGUCGCAGAUAAAACCAGCGGCUAUGACAUCGGCGAGCUGGCCACCUCCUCUUUGAUGGGUCUGGUGGCCACGAUAAAGGAACAUAUCACCAAGCCGACGGCGAUGGCCCAGGGGCGAGUUGCUCACCUCAUUGAGUGGAAGGGUUGGGGUGGAGGUGGUGAGGCCAGUGGAGGCAGGGGAGGUUGGAGCGGGGGCUGGGGUAAAGGAGGUGGAGGCUGGGGGGGAAUGGGGGCCGAGCUGCAGGAGGAUGAACAAUUCUACUCCCAAAUGACGGAUGAGAUCAAGGAAGCUCGCUUCGCUGCAGGAGUAGCAGAGCAGUUUGCCCUGGCUGAGGCAGCCAUGAAUGUGUGGUCCAUGAAUGACAGCUUAGAGCAGCCCUCCACCAGCUUGCAAGCCACACAAAGCCACUUCUUGUCUCAGUUUCUGCUGGACGGUGGGAGCGUCAGUGUUCCCCAGCACCUGUACAGCAUCCACGCCCAGGCUUAUGGCGACACUCGGGUGGCCCAACUGGUCCUUCCGCCAAUGGUCGACUCCAUUUCCCAGACGUCCAACACUCAGCAGGACAGAGUCCAGCCCUUUGAGGAGAGAAGCACUGCCACUACACAGGCUGCUGUUCGACACGUAGACAGCAGCUCGCUAUCCGAGGAUGACGUCUUUUAUAACUAGGCUUAACAAGAAAACAAGCCAGCAAUCUUGAUGGCAAUCUCCAAAAUGAGUCAUUGACAGGACUUGAGCCUCAACCACCAGCACGGACUGAUACAAAGAAC